AUGCCUCUCGUAACUCAGCUGGAUCGAAAUUCACCGACUGUUCAAAUUGCCUCUGUUCUUCCUUCGGCUGUGUUAUCUUCAACAAAUAAUCAAUGCUCGUCAUCUGGAUUAGGAAUGCACAUUCCUGCUGAUUCUUCGAAUGUUCGAAAUGCUCAAGGAGUUAAUCUGCAUUCCCAUUCUGUUUUGAUUCCUCCAUCUAAUUCAUCUCCUCAAGAUCCUUCGACUGACCGACUUCUGCCAAAAACUCAGAUCCCGAUUCCUGGAAGAGAUUCUCAAGUUCCUCUUGUUAUAACGAAUGAUCAGAAUCCUUCUACUAUUCAAAUUCCUUCAUCUCCAAUUCUAUUUGGUUCCUUGAAUGCUGUUAUUGAAAAUGGAUUAUCUUCUGUUAUUAUGGUGAAUAUUGAUAAUGCUGCAAAUCCAAAUAUUACAACUGUUGAUGCUGAGGUGGGAAAUGCAAGGGUGAUUGGAAUGGAGGAUAUGGAAAAUGGUAGGAAUAUGGCUGUAUUGGGGCAGACAUUCAGUGCUGAUAAGAGUCCUGAUAUUGGAGCAUCUGUUGCUGAUAAACUGAUUACUGAUCCAGUUCCACAGGAGAUGAUCAAUGUGUGUAAUAUUGCAAAUGCUGCUUUGAUUAAUGAUGUUGUGGGAGUUGAGGUUGGGUCUCUUGAUAUUUCCCCAAUGGUUGUGGAUUGUGGAAAUCAAGAGGGUGAUGGCACUGAUAAUGUUGGCAUCAGUUUGGAAUCUCCUAUUCUGCCAGAUCAUGAAAAUUCUCUGAUUUUGGUGGAGUCUGAUUCUCAAAUUCUAGUUCAAAUGGUGAAAGGUCUGGCUGCUAUUCCAUGGAAGUUGCAAGAUCUGUUAAAGAGGAUUAAACUGUUAUUUGGAAUGAUGAAUUUGCAGAUUUCACACAUUUACAGAGAAGCUAAUGGAUUGGCUGAUUUUUUAGCUUCUUUUGCUGUUCAUUCAAAAACAUAUACUGAAUUCUCUGGCAGUAAUGUAUUGCCAGUGGCUGGAAGGUUAAUUCUGCAACAAGACCAGACUGGUUUACCUAAUGUCAGAUUGAAAAGAAUACUUUAUCCUUUGGGAGGGAAUAACACCAUCUCUAUGCCUCUUAUUUCUCAAGUGAAUCAAACUAAGCCGACUGUUCGUCUGGCCUCUGUUCUUCCUGCGAAUGUAUCGACUGCUGUAAAUGAUCAGAGUUCUUCAUCUGGGUUAGGAUAUCAUGUUCCUAUUGAAUCUGUUAUUGAUCGAAACACACAGAGAGUGCUUAUGAAUCCUCCACCUUCUCUAAUCCCCCAAUCCAUUCCUUUGGAAAUUCUUGAAUCCUCGAUGGAUCGAAAUCUGAACAAAUCUCAAAUCCCUGCUUCUGAUAAAGAUACUCAGAUUCCAAUAGUCAUUUCGAAUUCUCAAAUUCCUUCAG